AUGGUGGAGCUCCAUGCCCGUACUAUUACAUUUUGGUCCAAUCUGUUCCGUGCGGAACAGAUUGGUCUGAAAUGGUAUAGCGUGUGGGGUAGUUCAGAUCCCGGUCAAGCCAGUGGACGACGCCGCGAUGGGGACGGAAACCGGGGGUUCGGAGGAUUCGAAGGCGGGACCAAAGGAGGGUUCAAAGGAGGAUUCGGAGAACACAGGAGGCAAUUCGAACGGCGUUUCGAAGAAGGGCCGGCCGGCGGCUCAGCAGCGGAUUCAUAA